GUAGAACAGCUAUUUCUUUAGGACAGUCACCAUAAUAAAAACCAGAAAAGAAAAUAACUUUUUUUAAAAAAGCUUAACAAUCCCAAAGAUGAAGUUUAUGUGGCAGAUUUUUGCAAUAUUUUAUGCAACAUAUGGCUAUCAGCUCAUUCCUAGGAUUAAAGAAUGUGGAGUCACUUGUUCACAGGGAUUUCAUUGCAAACAUCAAUUUUCUAUGGAGGCUAUGAAUAGUUUCUGCCAUCCUGCGCCCGACUCCCUUUCUCCAGUCAAUCUUAGAAACAUGAAGCUUGGGACUACAAUGAAGUGUGAAGAUCACAGGCAUUGCUCUCUCCACUUAAGUGUUAAGACAAACCUGCAACUUAAUGAAAAUGCUUCUGGUGUUCGAAUUUGUUAUUUCCUGAUGGUUACUCAAAAAACCAAGUGUGUGAAGGUGAAGAUUUCCAGGGAGCUAAAUGCCCACCCUGAGGGAAAUAAGGUCAAAAUACAAUUUAAUUGCUUUGAAGUCAGUGUGGGACAACAUCUCUACGUAACCAUGACGACAAUUCCAAAUUAUUGUGGAGUUAAACUGACUCAAGAAUAUUACGUUGAAGACUGCAGAAACAAUGAUGUGGGGAAAAAUAUUCCAGAUUGUUUUGUGAGCAAAAUGGCUUAUAAUGUGGACAGAACAAGAAAAACUAUUUCAGUGAAUAUUUCAGAUGUCCAAAACAGAGACUGUUAUGUCCGUUUAUGUCAUCAAAGAUUUGUAUGUGAAGAUGUGGGGCCUGUCACUUUGAUUCAGGGAAAAGACGCGAUGAAAUCUGCUUCUUUGCAAUACACUCAACUUCUGCCUUGUCUGUGCAUUGAGGUAUGGCCGGCAAUUUUAGAUGCACGAAGAAUGCAGUUGUGCCCAUUCAAGAAUGAUACUAAAUCCCUGUGGGAUAAUAUUAUUUAUCAACCUGCCACACAAACACUGAGUUGGGAAGCUGCCUGUCCUGUUCAUGUUACUGUCAGCCUUUGUCAACUGAUGAAGAUUAAUGAUCAAUGUGUUGAUCUUGAGGGCACUGUCAACAUUGCUACAGAGAAAGUGAAAUAUUGCCGAGUUGAUACACAUCCAAGUCUUUGCAUCAAGUUUGCAACUGAGCACAACGUCUGGGUUAAAUGCCCAUUCAGUAAUGGACAAUUUCAAGCUUGGAAAAUGCGACUUGCUGUGAUGGAACAACAAAUACAAGUUUCUUUCACAUCACAUUUUGAAGCAGAGUUUUCAGUAGUUGUAUGUAACAGAACCAACUUGCAUUUAUGCAACUCUACUGGAAGCCUCAAAGUCCUUUCAUUGGAUGGAUUAAGUUUACCAUCUGUCAACAUUUCAGAGAAACCAUGUGGCCCAGAUGUCUGCAUUAAGGGAUGGAGGACGGAUGUGGAGUAUUCUGUUUCUUCAUAUGUCUGUGAUUUACCCUGCAACUCCUCUACUGGGACUCAAGAAUAUUAUGAAUAUUCCUUAAGCAUCCUCUCUCUCAUAUCAUUUCUUGCCAUAUUUCUAAUCAUGUUGGCUCUCCUUGGACACAAACUUUUGUCAGUUAACUCUAGGAAGACUCAUGAAGAGAAAAGUGUUUUACACAUGAUAACACACAGGUAACACAGUUCUGGAGAAAGAUAUGAAGUAUAUACCUCACGCUUCUACCUUGGAUGAAAUAGCACCAUUUGUUUUAUGUAUGAAGAAAAGCAGAUUGUUGUCACUUCCUCCAUCUUAACAAGUAAUUGAAAGAUUUAUCUACUGUAAAUAGUUACGUGUAUAAAUAAUCCUCAUGUGUGCCAGACGUCUUCCUUGACUUCAGUAACAUAGGAAUAAAUUUUUGUGAGGCAAAUUCCUUACCCUGUGCCCUAUUGGUUUAUGGUUUAAGGUUUAUUAAACUUGUAUGCCGCCCUAUUCCCAGAAGGGGAAGGGGGGUAACACAACGAAAGCAAAACAAGACAAGACAAACAAUUACAAAAAACAUAUUAAAACUCCACAACAGGCGCACCAAUUCGAGUGGUGCUGGGAACUCAUCAGCCCCAGGCCUGCCGGAACAGCCAGGUCUUAACGGCUUUGCGGAAAAGCUAUUGUCUCCCUUCCUGAAAUAAUUUGAUAACAAAACAUCUUUUUGAAGACAAUUUGACUUUCUCCUGAAUGGCGCCCUUUAUAUUUGUGGAACAAGCCAUGCUCCUACCAACACAAGAGCAGGAAUUGGAACCUGGACAUUUCAUACAUAAUUGACAGUUUUGUUCUCAUCCUGUUGACCAUGAAAAUAAAUCAUGACAAUAACACUAUCAGUGUAAUUCAUGGCAUUUUAAAGCACUAUGGUAUUAUAUAGGAUGAUUCUAUGAUAAAAUAUGCCCUGUAAUGUUUUAGAAAAAUCUCUAUGGUUCUUUCAUGUUUUAUAUAUCUUUCCCUUUGAAGAUCCUUCCAUUCAGAAUAUUACUUUGUAUCAAGAAAAAUAAAUAUGUCAGGAAAAUAUGUAAGAGAAUAUAUAUAUAUAUAUAUAUAUAUAUAUAUAUAUAUA